GAUUGGGUGGAACACUGAAGAAGGUCACCUCAAGGUCACGGUCAUCCCUCAUGACCUACAAAAAAAAGGUGAGGGAGGUGGCGUGACCUUGGACAGAAGGAGGAGGGAGCAGUGCACUGUGGGUAGCUUGUUUUGCGUUGCAUCCAGAUACUGGGGCGCGGGUCUGGAUGAGAUGAAAGUGCUGAUGGAAUUCCCAGCGUGCACUGGGGCCAACUUACCUCCACCAGCCUCCCCACCAGAACAAUCCAGUUUUGUUUUGGGGGUGGGGGGGUUGGUGUUGGCUGGCUGCUUUGUGGGGCCACUCUUUGUCCGGGGCUGUGGAGGGGCACAAAGGCCGGCCCCAGCCCAGAUCGGGGUAUAAAUGCUGGGCGUUUGAGAGCGGCUGCUGUUAGCUGCUAGCUGUUAGCCUGGAUCAUGAACGCCUGGAGUCUCCUCCAUCCACUGCCGCUUCGGCUGCUGCUGCUGCUGCUGCUGUUCCCGACCCUGCUCCUGCAAGUGGCCUCCUCCCCCGCCGCCCCCGGCCUGCACCCCCAGCACAAGGUCCUUCACCUGGACUGGCCCAAGGACUGCGGCCUGUCCCACUUUAAGCCCAACACAGCGGAACGGAUCGUCUCUGGCAAUGAAGCUAGGCCCCACUCCUGGCCAUGGCAGGUCUCACUGCAGGUUCGCCCCAGGGGCAGUAAGCACUACAUUCACGUGUGUGGAGGAACUCUGAUUCACAAGAACUGGGUGCUCACAGCUGCUCACUGCUUUCAGAAAGGGAAGGCUGAGGAUCCUGGGAGCUGGCGCAUCGUCGUGGGGAAGCACCAGCUGAAACGUUCGGAGAACGCGGAGCGCAUGUUCCCCGUCAAGCGCAUCUACCGGCACGAGCACUUCCGCUACCCGGCGCACAGCGAGCUGGACUACGACAUUGCCCUAGUCAAGGCCGGCACCGACAUCCAGCCCAGCAACUUCGUCCGCUACGCCUGCCUGCCGCGCAAGCAGAUCAACCUCAAACCCGGACACUACUGCUGGGUCACCGGCUGGGGAGACACAAGGGGUGGGAAGGAGAACGUGUCACUGGCUGAGGCCCUGAACCAGGCCCGACUGCCCAUCAUCGACUACAAGACAUGCCGGCAGAAGAAGUUCUGGGGGGACCGUGUGCGCGACUCCAUGAUCUGCGCAGGGUUCAGAGACACAGAGGGGCCCCCUGCUGCCUGCCAGGGUGACUCUGGUGGUCCUCUGCUCUGCCAGCUGGGCCGGGACCGUUGGGAGGUGCACGGCGUGGUGAGCUUCGGCCCGAUCGGCUGCACCGUGAACAACAAGCCCAGUGUGUUCACCCGCACCGGCACCUACAUCCCCUGGAUCGAGGCCACCAGGAUCAGGGAUUUCUUCCUGCACUGAUUCCCCCUCCCCUUCUCCAUCCAUUUCCUCUCACUCAUCUCUCUCUCCCGCUCUCCCUUCGCCUGCAAUGCACGGCUCUAACCUCCCCGCCACUAGGGGGAGCUAUGCCUGCACUCUGGUUAGGGGGAGGUGACGGGUGCGGUCCCUUCUUCCCUCCAUCCGUUCCACGCCUCGUCCUCAGCAUGGAGGGUGGGCCAACAUCACCAUAGCAACAGUUGCUUCGGUUACAGUGUGAUGCCAGUAGGACUAUGUUGCGCUCUGCUGUUUUGCUUCUCUGUGCCUGAGACCCUGGGACGCAUGUACAACCAUGACACCCUCCCCCACACACACACAUUUACAUGCUAAAAUACUGUCGUGGUCACACAUGCUCGCUAUCCCGUCUUUCUUUUCUCUCUCUCUGGUGAGCAAAGGGGAGGGGGGGUGAAGGAGGGUCAACCAACCCCUCCAGGAGAAACUAAGGAAGCUACCAGACCACAGGAGAGUAGCACACUUGCUUCUACAUCCAGAUGAUGACUUCUCAUUCCUGUCCAGCCGGUAGUUUUCACAGCAUAUACAUAUACAGAUCUAUGGGAGUUCCAUGUAGUGGUGAAGCUAUGGUUAAAAAAAAAAAAAAGAAAGAAAAACGUUGGUCACACAAAGCAUAUGGAUUUUGUGUUUUGUCCUUGUCCCACCUAGACAAAUAGAACAGUUUACCUAGCAUAACAGCCUUAUGUGAGUUUAAAUAUAACAAAACACAUUUUUGUUGUACCAUACGAAUUAGUACCUGUUACUUUGUCAUAGAUGUUUUAAGACGCUGCAGACACUCCGCAAAUGAGUCUGAGAACUCCCUGUCGAAUGUGGCAAAUGUCAUGUGUUCAAGUGUGUGCGGUGUUUAGGUGUGUGCUGUGUUCAAGUGUGUGCUGUAUAUUAGAGCAGCUUCGUAUAUUUAAGACUGUUUUUCAUUCCUACAAUGGGCACUCAUAUGACAUCAUUACCAUUUUCAGUCGUCUACUUAACAUAAUAAAACAGCAUCUCCCCUCUUGAGGGGGACUUGCAGAAAAAGAAAA